CUGUUUAUCUGUUUAAUGUGAUUUAACUGAAACUGCAUGAAUGUUACUUGAGACAAUUUAUCAUUUGUGGUAAAAAAAAAAUGGAGUUGAGUGAUCUGAAAAUAAAAUGAGAUUGACAGCAAAAAGAACAUUUUCUUCUCCAUAAACAGUGAAAUGCUCAUAGUAAUGUUUGUGUAAUGUUUAGUAUAGACUAUAUACAAAACAUUCAUAUCUGUGUUAUGUUCAUGUUCAUUGACAAUAUUUAUCAUACUUUACAGCUAUGGGAGGAUACUGGUCUUCACCGUUGCUUGAUAAAGAAUGGCGGGAUGUACCAUGGAAGGACAAAGCUGGAUAUCUACAGUCUGUGAGGGGUUUUGAGCCUUUUCAGUCUCAUAAUAAUGAGAAGAAUAAAGAUCAGCAUAUUAGAGUUCUGCUUUAUGGACCAACUGGUCAUGGCAAGUCCAGUUUUAUCAACACUAUGGACACCAUCUUACGAGGCAGAAUGACUGGACGAGCUUUGGCAGGUACAAUUGGAGGAACGUCCUUCACCCAACAGUACACAACAUACAAAAUUACAAAAGGAGAACAUGGGACCUUUUACCCAUUUGUCUUCAAUGACAUUAUGGGUUUUGAGAAGGACAAAGGAGUUUGUGAGGAGGACAUCAAACGAGCCAUGAUGGGACAUGUCAAAGAUGGUUACAUGUUCAAUCCACUCUCCACAUUAUCCACAGAUGAUCCAUACUACAACACAAACCCCAGUCUGAGUGACAAAGCACAUGUUCUGGUUUGUGUCGUCUCUGCCUCUAAAGUACGUUUACUGUCUAGAUUAAUGACGAACAUGAGGAAAGUGAGGCGAGAAGCUAGUGAUUUGGGGAUUCCUCAAAUGGCUAUUCUCACCAAAAUUGAUGAAGCCUGUCCUAAGGUCAAUGCAGACUUAAGAAACGUCUACAAAAGCAAGUUUGUGAAAAAACAGAUGGAGCUUCUGAGUGAAUCACUGGGUAUUCCACUGAACUGCAUCUUUCCUGUGAAGAACUACCACUCAGAAAUCACUCCAAAUGAUGACCUUGAAAUGCUGAUACUGAUGGCACUGAGACAGAUGAUCAACUUUGGAGAAGAUUUUGUGAAUGACUGUAAAUGCACAUGAGACAAACAUUGCUUCAGCUCAUCAUGAAAUGAAAUCAUGUCAAAAGUUGAUUUUGUAAUCACAUGAAGUGGGAAACAGAUUUAUGGCUUCAUUUACAGUUAUGUCUUAUACCUGAUAAAUCAAGCAGAAGUGCACUGGCUUUGCGCA